AUGGCGCCGGGGGGCGGGGGCGGGCGGCGGGACGGCUGGCCGGCCCGAGGGCGCCUCCUCCUGGCCGCGCUGCUGCUGCUGCUAUGGACGCGGGCGGCCAGCGGCCAGAGCAGCCCCCAGCAGAGCGUGAUCCUGGGCAUGAGGCUGGCGAGCUGCAACAAGUCGUGCGGGAUGAACCCGGAUGGCGUCAUCUUCGUGUCCGAGGGCAGCACGGUGAACUUGAGGCUCUACGGCCACAGCCUGGGCGAGAUCUCCAGCAACCUGAUCUCCUUCACCGAGGUGGACGACGCCGAGACGGUCCACAACUCCACCAACUGCCUGGAGCUCACCAAGGACUUAGUGGUCCAGCGGCUGGUCAACGUGAGCCGCGGGAACACGUCGGGGAUGCUAGUGGUGCUCACCAAGUUCCUGCGGAGGAGCGAGAACAUGAAGCUGUACGCGCUGUGCACCCGGGCCGGGGCGGACGGGCCCUGGCUCAAAUGGACGGACAAGGACUCCCUGCUCUUCAUGGUGGAGGAGCAUGGGAGGUUUCUGCCGCUCUGGCUGCACAUCCUUCUCGUUUUGGUGCUGUUAGUGCUGUCGGGCAUAUUUUCUGGCCUCAACCUGGGGCUUAUGGCCCUGGACCCGAUGGAGCUGCGCAUCGUGCAGAACUGUGGAACUGAAAAGGAGAGAAGGUACGCCCGCAAGAUAGAGCCCAUCCGGCGCAAGGGCAACUACUUGCUCUGUUCGCUGCUCCUGGGGAAUGUGCUAGUCAACACCUCCCUCACCAUCCUUCUAGACAACCUCAUCGGGUCUGGCAUCAUGGCAGUGGCCUCCUCCACCAUUGGCAUUGUUAUCUUUGGGGAGAUCUUACCUCAAGCCCUGUGCUCCCGACACGGGCUGGCUGUGGGUGCCAACACUAUUGUUCUCACCAAAAUCUUUAUGCUGCUCACCUUUCCUCUGAGUUUCCCCAUUAGCAAACUCCUGGACUUCGCCUUGGGUCAGGAGAUUCGCACUGUUUACAAUCGGGAGAAGCUGAUGGAGAUGUUGAAGGUGACAGAACCCUACAAUGACCUGGUGAAGGAGGAAUUAAAUAUGAUCCAGGGCGCCCUGGAACUAAGGACCAAAACUGUGGAGGAUAUCAUGACCCAGCUCCACGACUGCUACAUGAUCCGCAGUGAUGCCAUCCUGGACUUCAACACCAUGUCGGAGAUAAUGGACAGUGGCUAUACGCGCAUUCCCGUGUUUGAAGAUGAGCAAUCCAAUAUCGUAGAUAUCCUUUAUAUCAAAGACCUGGCUUUCGUGGACCCCGAUGACUGCACUCCGCUCAAGACUAUCACUCGUUUCAACAACCACCCAGUUCAUUUUGUUUUCCAUGACACCAAGCUGGAUGCCAUGCUGGAGGAAUUCAAGAAGGGGAAGUCGCACCUGGCCAUUGUUCAGAAGGUGAACAACGAAGGUGAUUGUGACCCCUUCUACGAGGCUGGCUUGGUCACGCUGGAGGACGUCAUCGAGGAGAUCAUCAAGUCUGAGAUCCUGGAUGAGUCGGACAUGUACACUGACAAUCGAACCCGGAAACGGGUAUCUAUGAAGAAACGUGACUUCUCUGCCUUCAAGGAUGCUGACAAUGAACUCAAAGUGAAAAUCUCACCUCAGCUUCUUCUGGCUGCUCAUCGCUUCCUGGCUACAGAGGUGCCCCAGUUCAGCCCCACUCUGAUAUCAGAGAAGAUCCUGCUCCGGCUGCUCAAAUACCCGGAUGUCAUUCAGGAACUCAAGUUUGAUGAGCAUAACAAGCACUACUGCCGCCAUUACCUGUACACCCGGAACAAGGCGGCCGACUACUUCAUCCUCAUCCUGCAGGGGAAGGUAGAAGUAGAAGCAGAAGAGAACAUGAAGUUCGAGACGGGCGCCUUCUCGUACUACCGGACCAUGGCCCUAUCCAUGCCAGCUCGGGUGAGUUGUCGGCCAGACCGGUCCCCAGCCCACCCAACUCCACUCAGCCGCUCGGCCUCCCUCAGUUACCCAGACCGCAACGUAGACAUGACGCCCUCCUCAUCCCUGGCAGGCAGCAACCAGUUUGGCAGCUGCAUUCUGGGCCAGUAUGUGUCCGACUUCAGUGUCCGCGCGCUCACGGACCUGCAGUACAUCAAGAUCACCAGGCAGCAGUACCAGAACGGGCUGCUGGCCUCCCGCAUGGACAACAGCCCUCAGCUCGCCUUGGACAGCUGUGCCACCUGCUCGGAGAACUUUACCGAGAAGUCGGAGCUGCCGGUGGUGGAUGAGACCACGACGCUCCUCAACGAACGCAACUCCUUGCUGCACAGAGCCUCCCAGGACGGUGCCAUCUGACAGGAGGGCCCGGGGACUCCUGCCUGCCCUGCGGGGGUCUCCCCAGUGGGCCCACAUGACGUCGGGGAGCCUGUGAGGCUAGAAGGGGUGCAGGUGGAUAUCCUGCAUGACUGAGCAACUGGACAUCCCUCCCAGGGGAUCGAUCUGGCUGCAGAUGGGGACCUCUUAACAGCUCUGACAUGAUGCCUGCCCAGCCCAGCUAGUGAGCAAAGGCUGUUUUUGUCAUUUUUUUUUUUUUUUAAACACUGAGAGAAUUUUUAAGCUAGGCUCAUUGCUCCUCUUUUUAAAUAUCAUUUGGGGAAGGGAAGACAGGGUUAAGGAACUUUAUGUAAAAAAAAAAAUUUUUUUUCAAGAAACCCAAAGGGGAGGAGGGUUCCUCACUCCAGGAAGCAACAGCCAUAACCUUUUCCUGGCCAAGACCUUUCAGCCUGUGUCUGUCGCUCUAGGAACCACUUUUCUGCAGCAGUGGGGGCCUGGAGCCCACAGGAGGGGGCUCCGGGGAGGAGGACAGUUCUACCUAGGAAGCAGGGAUCCAAAUGAUACUGACAUCCACUGCUAGGACACACGCACUGAGGCCACUGAGGCCACUGAGGCCGAGAGGUGCUGGGGAGCUGUUCAGGGACACGAUGACCCACCCCGGCAACAGAGAGGACUACAUCUGCUCCAGGAUCCGGUGAUCUCCUAGGACUCCGUCCACAGGCUGGCUCUGCUGCUGAGUCAGGACUCAGCCGAGAAC